CUUGCAAAUCCACUAGUAUAAAUAAUGUACACAAGUUUUGUCUAAAUCUAUGUCUUAAAAGUUUAUGGGUAGGAUAGAGGUCAUGACUCUUCCUGGCCCCUCCGAAACAAGAAGACUAAAACCCAUUUCUCUAAACACUCCAACUACCUCAAAAAGCAAGCUCAUCAAUGCCAAGCCCAGAAAAGACCGUCACUCCAAGGUGAAUGGUCGAGACCGCCGCAUACGACUGCCGGCUAUCUGUGCUGCCAGGAUCUUUCAGCUCACUCGUGAGCUUGGUAACAGGACUGAUGGUGAGACCAUUGAGUGGCUUCUACGCAUGGCUGAGCCUUCUAUUAUUGCAGCCACAGGCAAUGGUAUUGCUUCUGUUUUCAGUUCUAUAUGUGCUUCUUCCAAUAUUCCUCCUCCUCCUCCUCCUCCUGCCGCUGCCGCUGCCGCUUCCAACACAACCUUUAUUAGCCCUUUCUCCUCUGGUCAGCUUCCAUUGGGUUGUUUGGAUUUUUCAAGUCCUACAGUUAUGUACCCUUGUGAGUCAAGUGUUGCUGUACCUGAAGCCCAGGGGAUAUCGCUCAAGAACUGUGAGUUUCCCAAGCCUGAACUGGCUUUUCCAUCCUUUGACUUUGAUCUGGUUGCUAAUUUUGAUAUGGAAUUUCCUGUCAACGAUAUGUUCCAAUCGGUGACAGUGAAUGUUCAUGAGGGAGAGGUGCAAGUGCAAGUGUAAGAAAACGAACAGCUUCAUGUGCUCUUUUAGAAUUGUAAAAGCUUAAAAUGAAAGAAAUAAUAAUAAUCUUAUAUGAUCAAUAGCAUCAUUUUUCUUUCUUCCUUCUAUUUUAGUGCAUGUAAUUGGCCUGUGGAAUGCAGAAGAUAAGCUUCAA